AUUCAGGGCGAAAGUUAACGAUCAGCCGAGACACACCUCCGUGAAGCGUGGAUGAAAAUACAUGGUUGUGGCAGAGGUCGUGAGAGUUAACGGGCAGCGUGUUUCCUGGGCAUCGUGGAGACGGCCGGCGUCAAGGUCAUGAUAUAAUCUACGUUCAACAACGUAAUCGUCUGCUGGCAGUUGAAGCAGCUCGGAUCUUACGCGGCGUGGUGACAGUUGUUGGCGUGGCAGGAACAGCAUCGCUCGUGCGACUUGCGGGCCGGUCCGGCAGCGACAUUUAUUUACGUUUCUUCGAUUACUCCUCGAGCCGUUGGUUACCGUUGUGUGGAGUUUUUAUUUACCGACGCGCCCAAUCACGGAUGGAUAUUCUCGAGCUGUACUCGGGGUCACUUGGCGGUUUGCAGUGAUCGACUGCAAUCUGUCACUGUAAGCUGAUUCGAUAUUUUGCAGUUGGCAGAGCCGUGCAGUGAUUCUUUGGUUUUGUGAACUCUGUGAAGACUGGAAGCUGAGGGACGGAAGAAAACCGGAGUGAUCAUCCGAUGUGCGAUUGUUAACGUUGAGGGAUUCCGAGCAUCGAGUUGCGAUGAGCAAGCGUGAUAGUCCAGAUAUAGAAACAAUGCCAGCCUAUCUGAAGGCCAUUCAGGCUAUCGCGGGUACCACUUCCGGCGAAAAACAACGGACAAUCAAUACCACUGCAAGGAAAAUGGCGGGAUACGAGGACUGCGAAUCUUCCUCAGAGGAUCCUGGAGUACCGGAUCCAGAUUUUCCGAAGCCGUUGAAGCCGCUGGUUGAAGUCGAGGUUGCGAAGCUUCUGCGAUCUUACGAGGGGAUAAUCAAUGCCUUGAAAAGCGACGACAUCGUCGUCGUGGCUCGAGUCAUUCGAGCCACCUGGUUUUUCGACGGAUCCAACAGUAAUAUCAUAAACGCGACCUUCUUCACAACGGAAGUCUUUCCACACAUAUCGCUCUACGCUCGCUUGAAGACAAUAAAAAAUUUCGGAAUUCAUUUGAAGGAUACUGCGGUAGCAGCGGAAUUUUUCUCAGCCGUGGCCGAACAGUAUGGCAUUAGUCAGGCCGUCCCGCUGCUCGGAGCUUGCAAGGAAAAGUUCGCGUGGAAAAUGAUAACCGAGAAGAAUAUUGUGCUACCGUAUAAGGCUGUAGAGAGGUUUUACCGAAAGCAUCCGGACCUAGUGAUAAAGUACUUGAAACUAAGCUAUCCGACCGAUAAAACCACGAGGGUCUUUCACAAGAUCAAUAUUCAAGACUAUAAAAAUUUCUUACCCGAAAUUGCGAACAAACAUCUCGACGAUUUUAUCGAGAUUUACAAUACGCAUGAAUUAUUGCUGAAUGUAAAACUUGGCAAGAAGGCGUCUCGCAAAUUCAUUAGAAAGCGGUUGAAAUUGCUCGUCGAACAGCCAAAUCGAUACUUGAGACUACUCCCCCUGAAAAUGGUCAGUCAGAAAUUGUCCGAUGAUGAUUUUGCAAACAUGUUCAAAAACACGUUUCCUCCGGAAAUCGAAGAUUUCCGCUACAGUGACGUCAACUCCGUUCUUGAAUAUUACGAACCGGAAGAAAACAAGGCGACUCUGAUUCUCAAUACCUUUAAAACCGUGUACGGAAAAGAUUUACUCACCUGCAAGUCGUUAAUCACAUGUGAUCUCCUAAAAAUCCUGCCUGCGGUAGACAGAGUCCGUCUGGCAAGAAUGAAGCUCGAGGACGACACGGAAUGGUAUCUUGACAAUACCGAAAAGUCUUGGAGAUGUUACCUACCCACGCUCGAAGCACUCGGUAUGAUAAAAAGUGAAUUAGCCAAGACUUCGGAUCCCGGUAAACGUCUUGAACUGUUGUACCAACUAAUUUACACUUGCAAGGCUAACGACGACAAGCCAGCAUUUUACGGUGUGUUGAAUUACAUAUUUGAUAAACACAAGAAUGAUCAAAAGUUCGUCUUCUACAAGUGUAUAAAGAAUUUUACACAGUGGUUUGAUUUAGAAAAGCUCCACGUGCAGCAUUGGCAAGUGUUGGAUAAAUAUAUCCAGCUAGUAGAGUUCCACCAAAAUUGUUUCACAAUCAGACAAGUUCCUGCCAUACUAAAAGUUCUACAGUCGGCUCUUUAUUACUGUGUGAUAAAUUGCCGUCCCGUGGACAAUUACCUACGAUUUUUAAUUGACUUAAAAAUGAAGUCGUACUAUCAAGAUUGGAAUAUGUUCGAGGAGUAUCCUGAAUUGGAGAGGCUUUUUUUGGACCAAAUGAUAAAAAAUAUACCGAAGCAAUAUCCAUUCGACAGUGAAAUUUGGAACGAAUCAACUCCCAACAUCGUUUAUUGCCUCGCAACCGCACUCUGGAAUCAUAACAACCGUGUCAAGAAAUCGAGGGGAAGAAUGAAAAAAUUUUCCAUCAAAGAUUAUCCGUGGAUUUUUCAAAAAAUUAAAGAUUUCGUGUUUACUGAAAAUAACCGUGAGGAUCUUUAUUCAAGGGAGCGUAUUCUGUUAUUGGUCAGAAAAAACGAAUUCGAUUUGUAUAACGAGUGGAUUCGCGAUCUCCCUAAUUUCUGGGCCUUCAAUAUGAAGAUCACUUGUGACAUGCUACACAGACAACAUCAUCGAGUCUUACGAUACUGGCGUGAGUGUUUAAAUAAUGCAGAAAAAUCAGAUUUACGUAAAAAGUGGUUAUCAAUUUUUGUAAAAAAAUGUCAAUGGUACCAAACCUUACCCAUAUUCAUCUUUAGAAAAUCUCUGAGAAGAUACCCUAAUCCAACAAAAUCCGAUGCAUCGAUAGCGACCUUGGCGUUACUGUCCGAUGGUGAAACUUUCACGGAAAUAUUUGAACCUUACGUACCUAGCGAUGAUAAAAUUGACAUGGAUGACCCCAAAGCAAAAUCUAACUACGCAAUGGUUAGGGCCAUCACCUUAAACGUACAGAAGGUAAAUCCGCCGGUCUCCCUAGAUUUUAUUGGAAAAUUCUGCGUGGGAGAUUAUCUACAAGCAGCGAUACGAUCACUAGUAAGCGUAUGCCAUCAUGUACCAAUCGUCAGAGUAAUUCCAUUCGCAAAGAUGUUGACGGAACGUCGAGUCUCGGUGAUGAAACACGGGAUCAGACUGAUGUACUUGGUCGCACCUCUUGACGAAAUAUUCACCUACCUUACCGAGCUGUGGAUCAACCAAACUCAUCCCUCGAUCAGAGCGGUGGUAUUCGACAAAAUUUUCAACCUCUUCUGCAAUCAGCCAGAUUCUCGUACCUGGAGUAUGUUUACGCUGUGCUUGAAAAACUUGACCACAACCGACGACGACGAAGUUUUCAAAAGGCUUACAAAAUUGUCUCAAGUGCCUAAUCAGUAUAUUAACGAAUACAUUACUACGGUUCUCAAAACAAUGGAAUCGAUGGAAGAGAAGGGCAAGAUUCCGAUGGUAUACGUAAAUCUAGCGUGCGAUUUGAUUGAUAAUAUAGAUUCUGCCGCUACUAAUAUUCUUUCUGAGGACUAUUCCCAGACUUUGAUAGUAAAACAUUUGUUUGUUUUUGAUUAUAAUUCAGUUAUUUUUGAUGUCGGUCAAAGAUUUGCUAUAGACAGUUAUCUUCUUGCGACGAAUAGCUAUAAUGAGGCGAGGUUUAAAUUCUUUGGAAAUUUCUUUCGGGAAAUCGUAAAAGAGCAUUGGGACAAAUCACAUCCUAAAUGUUUCAAAUUCUACCCAAUGAACUUUAUGGUUUCCAGAUUUUUCAGCGAUUUUAUUAAUAAACCAAUCGAUGAAUAUGAUGUAAGAAUCUUUGAGAGCAUGUUGCAAAUUUUUAACUCUGCUCUGAAACCGUAUCAGGAUGCUACUACUUACUUGAAUCUUGUUUUUUCGAUCGAGUUCAGGAGUUCAACGACCUCGGUAGAUUUUGGUACUAGGAUAGCGGAGAAGAUUUCAACACUUGUCGAGAUUUUUACUCCUGAAUACAUUGUUCCUUUAUCGAAACAAUUGUCAUUUUUUUUAUCGUCACGCAAAUUCAACAAAAAUGAGAGCAGCGAAGAAAUCAUACUGAAUAUCAUCGAAGUGCUUGUCCAGAGAGGGCAGAUUCACUGUACUCUUAUUGCUACACAUUUGUUAUCCGACAAUAAAUGGAAAAAGCACAGUGACCGUCUCCAGGCCGUUAUACAUGACUUACAAAAAUCCAAUCACCCCGGUAUCUUGGUAAUCCUACACGAAUCUUUGGUCAAAUUCGAUUAUUCCGACUGCCUUGAGCACUGAUCAAUCUGACCUGCGAAUAAUUCCAAAACUUGUGAUAUCGAGUGAACGAUCAAACUGAAUUGUUAUGCGAGCAACUAUAUCACUGUUGGAAAAAUUUAACCAAACGUAACGUUCCAGCAGGUCCACUUUAUAUUUGUGUUAUUUUUUACAUUUCUUUAGAUGAAUAUGACACACAUUUUUGUAAUUUUAACAUGUGAAAUUUCAUAUCAACAUUUAAUUUGUAAUUUUAAAGUUUUUUUUUCCACUUAGUAAUACAUUAAAAAAUGUUUAAAUCAACUCAAAAAUUUUAGUGGACCUGCUGGAACAUUUUUUUUUUAAACCUUGUAGCUUUUGAAAUUUUUCUCUCAGAAGCAAAUGGAUAUUUGGAAUUUCAGUAUUUUUUUUUGGUUCUUACUUGAUUUGUGCACUUAACAAUCUAUACAAUAGAUGAUCAUAGUAGUAUUAUACAUUGGUUUAUGUUUUACAAGAAUUGUUUGAGUUUAUAAAACUCGAAAACUUAUUCUGCAUUUUUUUCCACUGCGAUUGACUUUCUACAAUUCGGUCAAGAAAAUAUAUCCUAAUUUAAAAUAUAUUUAUAUUUUUUUUUUUUUUUUUUUACAGUUUUUAAUACACGCAUUUGUUUUGUGUGAUAAACCUUUCUUCACUUGAAUACUGCACGGUAUACAAGGACCAAUAUGUUAAUUUUUACUCACGUAUGUUAUUCAUGUUUCUACUGUAUUACACUCAAUAUUUUGCAAAAUGAAACGAUUUUU